UAUCACCAAUGGGAAAAGGCGAAAAAGGAAAUGCAAACGGAACAAGAAACAUCACCAAAGGAAAGGGCGUUGGAAGGUGGUUGAAGGUUCGGCGAGGAAGACGAAGACGACGUCAACCAAAUUCCCCCGCCUUCUUCACCACCUUCUCAUCCUCCUCCUCAUCUUCUCCCGCUGCACGACUCCAAUUCCACCCUUCGAUUCAUUCCUCCGAUUCAAUUCCAUCUGUUUCGAGCUAGGGCAUCGCAGCGGCGGCAUUUCCAAUCGGUGAAGGAUGAUGGCGGCAUCUUCUGCGCGGGCGUCUUUGUGGAUCGCGAUGCUGACCUUCCUGUUCAUUUUCUCCGAGGGGGCGACCUCGGAGCGACCUGAAGCGGCGAUGAUCUUGCAAGUGACCGAGAAAGGAGCCGUCGGCGACGGCAACGUCUGCCCUCGAUCAACCGCAGCUCCGACUUCCUGCCCAAUCAACUGCUUCCGCGCGGAUCCAGUCUGCGGCGUCGACGGCAUGACCUACUGGUGCGGCUGCGCCGACGCGGCUUGUCACGGGACCAAUGUUGCGAAGCUAGGCGCGUGCGAGGUUGGAAGCGGCGGCAGUGCGUCGCUCCCUGGUCAGGCACUCCUCCUGGUUCACAUCGUCUGGCUCUUCUUGCUUGGCUUCUCUUUGCUCUUCGGUCUCUUCUGAUUUCCAGUGUACAAGAAUCGAUUGGUGUGUUUCCUUCUGUUUUUUUCCUGUGAUUUCAGGCUGUCAUGAUUGGUAUAGUUGAGGAGAUUUCGAGAGAGAUUGUGUUUUGUAUGUACUUGAAAAUUCUUUGUUUCAAAUGAAGAACGCUACUGACCUUUUUGUUUGUGCAUCCAAUUGCGAGUUGUGCUGUUCUUUAUCCUUUAUGCAUUUCCCUAAUCCCUUCUUCAUAAGCUUUUCAAUUGGAAGGAGAAUCAGAGGUAGGAGAAUGGCUGUUUUGACGAACCAUUGACGCCUUCUGGUAUCUAACUUUGUCAAUCUCUCUUGCCAACAAGUCGAGAAUGGUGUCCGUAACAGCAUUUGGCAAGCAUCCAGCAUCCAACAUCGUCUUCAACAGCCUGUGGGCUUCUUUCAACCGGCCAGCCUUGGUAUGAACUUCAAUCAAAGUGUUGUAAGUCACCACAUCUGGGUUGAUACCGCCGUUCUUCAUCUGGUCGAAAAGCUUAUUGGCUUCGUCGACCCGACCAGCCUUUCCCAGAGCAUUGAUCAGGGUGUUGUACAUGACGAUGUCGAGGAAGCCGCCACCAUCCAUUAACUUAUCAAGAACAGAGCUUGCAAUGUCUGCUCUUCCCAUCUUCCCCAACCCUUGGAUUACGGCAUUGUAUGUGGCUAUAUCUGCAGGGCAAAGCUUCUCCCCCAUCUCGUUCAGGACAUUCCACGCCUCUUCGAAGUAUCCCUUCUUCACAAAGGAACUCAUCAGAGCAUUGUAUGUGUAACUCACAGGGUUCACACCCAUGUCGGUGAAUACCUCAAACAGCUUACAGGCCAGGCUCAGCUGCCCUUUAGCUAGGAAGAUCGACAUGAAGGUGUUAACCAUUCCAAUGUCGAAAGAGCUUCCUGCAUCUUUUUCGGAAGUCUGGACUCUCUUUCCUCUAGCCAGAGAAAAGAGCUGGUGAGAAUCGCUACCUGAUUUCACUUGAUUGGCCAAGUGAUCCAUAUGUGGAGAUGUCGACCACUGAUCAAAAUUCUCCUCCUCCUCAUCACUUGAAUGAGGUUUCACAGUGGAAGAAGUUACAGAGCUCAAGAUUUCCUCGAUCCCGCAUUUAUGAGGGAACAAUGGUGUGUAAUCUUUUCUUCUGCUCUUCAGCCUAUUAUUCUUCAGUGCAGCCUCCAUCUCUUCCUUCCACCUGAUCACGCUCAGUACUACAUCCCCAUCUCUCACAUGCUUCAUCAGUCUCUCCGUCCAAUCCUGCCUGCCAUGUCUGUGGAACCCAAUCAGCAAUGUGGUUAUGGUAACCAGAUCAACAACAAAGCCUCUGUCAUUGUCCAUCUCUUCCACCAGCUUGAGAGCUUCUUCCAAUUCACCUUCUUUGACAAGCUGCAAGAUGACAAUGCUGUAAGUAACACCAUCCACCAACUGCCCCUUCUUCUUCAAGUCACAGAACAAUGAGUAGCCAGCCUCGGCUCUUCCGUUCUUGAUCAAGCCGUGUAUCAAGAUGUUGUAUGUCCAGCUCGAGGCUCUCACACCAUCGUCGACCAUUCUCUCAAACAGCUGGCAGGCUUCUGAAAUUCUGUUUGCCUUGAACAUCCCGUUUAAAAGAGAGUGGUAAACAAGAGCAUCAGGUACAAAACCGUCGUACUGCAUUUCGGUAAAGAUCCUUGCUGCCUCGUUUAUCUGGUGGGAUUUUGUGCAGCCUUGGAUAAGUAUCCGAUAAGUGAAGGCGUCUGGACGAUGUCCGGAUUCCUUCAGCUCCUCAUAGGCAAUCAAUGCAUCCUUGACUUUGCCAGCCAAGCACAAUGACUGAAGCAGGCUGUUGUAAGUGCACAAAUCAGGGCCAGAAGCAGAAUCCUUUUCCUGCAUUUCCCUGAAGAGAGUCAAGGAAGUUGGCAAAUCGCCCCAUCGGCCAAAAGCAUGAAUGCAGAUGUUGUAACCCCAUGUGUCAAGUUGGAACCCUUUCGUUCCCCUUAGCCUGUCGAAUACCUUUCUGAAAUCUGCUCUAUUGUCGGCCUUUCUAAGAGCAACCAGCAAAGCAUUGCAGGCAGUGGAACCGGGAGACGGCGGAUGAGGAGCAUCUAGCAGCUUGAAUAAAAUGGGCAAGGCCAAACCCAGCUGGUUUUUCUUGGCAAGUGCAAUGAGUAAAGUGUCGUAGACUAGUGGGGUGAGAUUGGCUUCUUGCAGUCCUUCCAUGAAAUGGAGGAUCUGGAGCGCGCAAUCCAAUUUGCCCAAUCGAAUGACGGCGUCAAGCAACAUUUUGAAGGUCUGCGGUGCCGCUACAACUCCGUCGGCUUUCAUCUGUUCCAGCAGGCCGGGGACCUCCUCCAGGUACUCGGCGCGGCAGAGCUCCCUGAACAUGUGGGAGUAAGUGCCUGCCGAGUGUUUGUAGUUAUGCAUGAGAGAACACCACUUGAAAAAAUCAGUCUUUCUCGAGGCAUCUAGGGAGCCCCUCCUUAGGAUCUGUAUGACCAGCUGCUGCGACAGAGGAAUGGUGUCCGGGUCGAGAUUUCGAGUGCCCGAUUCCGAUAGGGUUUUCGUUAGAAAGGCGACGAGAAGAAGGUCGUCCAUUUGUUGCAAGGACGGAGAAGAGGAAGACGGCUGCGAUGCCGUCGAUGGAGCAGCUUUCGUGCUGUGCGAUAUGAAGUUCGGUGUUGGGUUUAUUGUUGAGAUCCCCACGGGUGAACGUAUGAGCUUUCCCAUCGCCGCAGUGCAUCUCGACAUCGAUUUGCGCGGCGCAGGCCGCCGUACUGUCUCAGUUGGAUCCUGCGCUUCGCGACUAAAUCACGGCGGAGGUUGUAGGAGGGGGGAAAGAAAAGGAAAAGACCCGAGUGAUUUUUCUAAAAGUUCAAUGUGAACUGACUGACGGUAGAAGCGCGAGUGAUUAACUGAUUAUACUUGCUGCUGCUGAUGAGCGGCGGUAGGUUUGGAAAGAAAGCAGCAAGCUUUCCUUAUAUCUUGGUCCCAGUGGUUCUCUGAUAGCAAGGUCGCAAGUCGAACAAUCAGUAGAAAAAUGACAACACGAGACCUCCCUCUCGUUGUCCCCAUUCUAUUUCCUCUGGUAAACACAAUCAGUAAGCUACGUCUGUGUAUAUUAUAGUCUUUGUUCAUAGUUUUGACCUGCAGACAGUCCGACUAUAAUUUUCUGCAACUCUUUAGGGUAUUAGAUGACUGGCUCUUUCACUUUGUCACAUGUGAUAUUAACAUUUUGUGGGGCAGGGUAAUAUGGUCCAGAGACGGAAGCCAUGGACGGCACACGAGCAGCAGCAAAGUGAAAAACUUUGAGAAGUAUUUCACUGGAAUAUGUGCCUAAUAUUGCUGCAUCUGGUGCCAUCCCAGUCUUUGAGAUGUCAGCUCAAGGUAAAUUUACCUAAAUUGGUAAGAUUCAGAGAGACACUGCUGACCUUGUUCUAUAUGUCCCCAAGACUAUUUCACAACUUGAUAGUAGUUUCAUGUUCUGAUGAUCCCUGAAAAAAGAAAAGGAAAAUUGACGAUAAUUGAUCACUCAGAAUUUCUUUCAUAAUGGAUAGUUCUGUUCAUCCCCUUGCUAAUUAGCAUCAUGCCUAUUUGAACCUUACCAAUGCUGCAGUUCUUAAUGCAUAUUAUGUCUACAAGCAGUCCUAGAUGCCCCCCCAACAAAAGCUUUCCUGCACGUCUACAACUUGAUGGUGAAUGUGCUUUUCAAAAAGGUUCUUGAUGGAGGAACAAAUCAGAUGGUCAUCAUUAUUUAUAGACUGGCAAUUUCUGCCAUUUUCUUGGGACCAAUUGGCUACUACCGGGAAAGGAAAAGCAGAACCAAGCUCACUGGAAGCAUCUUAUGCCAACUUUUCUUUGGAGCUCUCAUCGGGCUUACCCUCUGCCAAUACUUGUUCCUUUUGGGACUUAAGUACACGUCUGCUGCCUUCUCAUGUGCAUUUCUCAACACAGUGCCUGUUAAUACAUUCUUACUGGCAAUACCAUUUGGUAUUGAGAAAGUGAACCUGGGAAGUUCAGGUGGAAGAGCCAAAGUGCUUGGGGCACUCAUUUGCAUGACUGGAGCUAUACUGCUCUCCGUCUACCAGGGAGCCCCUCUAACCGAUUCACACAGCAAAUACGUUACUCCUGAUGCGGAGAAUUCAAAGAAAUGGGUUCUGGGUUCUAUACUUCUCAUUGGAGGCUGCCUUUCUUGGUCUUCUUGGUUUCUCAUACAAGCACACGUUCUGAAGAGCUACCCGUGUCAAUACUCCAGCAUCACCAUUCUCACCUUCUUUGCUUCCAUCCAAACAGCAAUCUUGAGCCUUGCCAUUGAGAGGGAUGCCUCGAUGUGGAUCCUCAAGGGGAAAUUGGAAAUCCUGACUAUCGUCUAUUCUGGAAUUGUAGGAUCAGGGCUGUGUUAUGUGGGGAUGUCGUGGUGUGUCAAACAAAAAGGUCCCGUGUUCACAGCCGCAUUCACCCCCUUCACACAGAUAUUUGCUGCCAUGUUUGACUUCUCAAUCUUGCAUGAACAGCUCUUUGUUGGAAGUGUAAUAGGAUCUGCAAUAGUAGUCAUUGGUCUCUACAUUCUGCUAUGGGGAAAGAGCAAGGAGGCUGCUGACCAGUGUGGGGUGAAACAGAUUGAGCCUGUCAUCGAGGAAGGUGUUCAUCAUGACGACGACCCUGAAGCUCAAGUUGUGAAAACCACUAAUACUUAGCAAAAAUUUCAUUAGAAUUUUGAGGCUCAGCAAAGACAGUUUUUUGAAAAGCAGCUCUCCUAAACCUGUUUGUGCUGCUUCUUUUCAUCUUGCUACUUCGUUAGAUGUUCGCAAGACUUUUGAUGUAGUUCUAAGAAUAAUGACCAACUCAAGUUUCCAUCCCUGGUAGUUUUUUUAUUUUUCUUUCUGUGA